AUGUCAUCAUCAACAGUAUCUUUUCAAACCAAAAUAUUAAAGGUAAAUCCAGAGUCAAUUAUAUUUCCACCAAAUUCUCAUAUUACUGGCGAACUACCAACCAUAACGGAUCCAGAAAGUGAAAAAAAUUUGUGGGAAGCUAUAAAUAUUUUGAAAACAACGGAGUAUAAUGUAGCUUUCCCCACAGAAACAGUUUAUGGUUUAGCUGGCUCUGCUUUAAAUGAUAACUCUAUUUUAAACAUUUAUAAAGCCAAAAAUAGACCUAGUGACAAUCCAUUAAUCACACAUAUCUCAUCUUUGAACCAACUUAAUAGAGUAAUUUUUAAUGAUAGCAAUAGUGCCGGAGAUAAUGAAUGGAGAAACAUUCCUGAGAUAUAUCAUGAGCUAAUCAGAAAUCUAUGGCCAGGCCCUUUAACUAUUUUAUUAAAAGUUCCCAAGAACAGUAACCUAUCAAAAUUAACAACGGCUAAUCAACCGACUUUUGCAGUACGUUUACCCAACCAUCCGGUUGCUAGAGCUUUAAUUGCAUUGGGAGACAUACCACUUGCUGCACCAAGCGCUAACACUUCCACCAAACCAUCACCAACGUUAGCACAGCAUGUCUAUCAUGAUUUGUUAGGGAAGAUCCCAUUGAUUUUGGAUUCAGGUGCUUGUGAUGUUGGUGUUGAAAGCACCGUUGUAGAUGGAUUGAGCAUGCACAAUGAAGAUAUUCCAUUGUUAUUAAGGCCUGGCGGGUUUAGUCUAGAAAAUAUUUGCAAAAUGGGUGGCUUUAAAAAUGGAUGUAAAGUCGAAUCCGUUUUAAAGAAAAAUGACAAGGGCGAAGAGAUCGAAAAAGUUAGAACUCCAGGAAUGAAAUACAAGCAUUAUUCCCCCAAUUGUAAAACUGUACUAUUUGUACCAUUUUCUCAUACAAAAGAUGAGGACAAGGACUUGUCUGUAUCAAACUUGGAACCAAAGAUUAAGAAUGCAAUGUUACAACAAUUAAAUAGUGCUCCUGAGAUUAAAAAAGUUGGUAUUUUAACCAGUUUCAAAUUUGAUAAAUUACCUAUAAAAAAUUGGUUCGCCGAUAGUAAUAUAAAAAUUGUUCAAGAAAGCUUGGGUCAUGAUGGCAAAUCAGUUCAAUCAAAUUUAUUUAGACUGUUAAGAAAAUUAGAUGAAGAUGAAAAUGUUGAUAUUUUGUUUGUAGAAGGUGUUGGGGAAGAAAACGAGGGAUUAGCUAUUAUGAACAGAUUAAAUAAAGCAGCAGCCGGUAACAUUAUAAACUUCUAA